UUAGAGCAGCGAUUUUGAUAGCACAUACUGCGCAAGUGCUAUUUUAAACUUCAAUCUUCUAUGAAGCUUCAAGUACAACUAUAAAAUUACUUUCUAAAUGGACUGGAAGUUUUAACUUUUAUUAAAAAAUAUUACGGUUUAAAUCAAAAAAUCAUGUAAGAAAAUAUUCCACCAUACACACUACUACAAAUCUCACCAUUGUCGGUUUUUUUUAAACUAAAGUAAUAACAAUAAAAAAAAUAUUACUUUUUCUUAAUUUUCCCUAUUUUAGGGGUAAUCAUUAAUCUCAAAGUGAUGGCCGAUAAGUUUAAGUACACUUUCAAAGUAAAAUCAUACUAACUAAUAUUUUAAUAAUCCAACAUUUACCGACUAGUAUAUAAGUUUAUAAAACAUAAAGUAUUGAUUUUUUGAUGAAUCUUGUCAAAGAGAGAAAAAAAAUGUAUUACGCCUUUUUUAUUUCUUGCAACAUUUAGAGUACUGUCACUGUCAAUGUCAUGCUUGCGUUUUCGUUUUUAUACACCAGACAGACCGCGAAUAUCAAUAAGCAUAUUGGAGUAAAAAACUGAUAUAAAAAAAUAAUUUCAUCUCUAAAAUUACCGGUUCAUUACUUAAUCCUUUCCAUUUUAUGAUUUAUCAAGUUUGAACGUCUAAACUUAUACAUUUCACUCCUUUACCAAACACAACAUGGACGAAGUUUUAGAAAAAUUGGUAUCCACAAUCAUCACGUCUCCGGAAAGAACAGAACAAGGAAGUAACGAUUACCAGGCACUAUACAAAAAUUGGGGCAGAUUGGGAAAUCAAGAAGAAAGGCGUAAAGAAUUACUAGAACAACAAAAAACUAAUCGCAGUGACAAGAUUGAUGCAUUUCGAGGUAUACUGGAACUAGUUAAAGUGGUAGAAGAGCGAAAUAUUUUCAAGCCUUACAACCGGGUACAUUACCGGCCUAGCAUAUAUGUUGCGGGCUUCAACAAGACCUCGGCCACCUAUAGCGAUGUUCUCAUGUUGUCUGAAUGGAUGAUAGAGAAACCUGCUGACUUCAGUGAGAACUGGAUGGUGUUGCCAUGCCCUAAAGGUGUUCGGAUGCUUAUAGUGACAAAUCAGGGAAAAACUAGAGCCUACACUAAAUACGGGCAUUUCAAGAUGGAGUUCCGAUCCGCUCUCCCCGGUGGCAACGCCAGUGAAUACUCGAAAAGUCGCUGCUGCGUGUUGGACUGCUUCUAUGCAGAGAAGAAGAAAAUUAUGUACAUACUAGAUAUCUUGGCAUGGAACAACCAGCCCAUGACAGAUGGAGAGUUGGAGUUCAGACAGUACUGGAUCAAAUCACAGCUAAUGGAACUGCCCCAGCUAACAACAAUAAGCAAGAAGAACGAAAUAGUCUUCCAAGUACUGCCAAUGGUGCCUUGUACUCCAGAGUCAUUUAAUAAUUUCAUGAUGACAUAUCCUCCAUUUGAAGACAACAACCCCACACUGGAUGGCUUGCUGUUCUACCACAAGAAGGCGCAUUACGUCUCGGGUGAGACGCCUCUGGUAGGGUGGCUGUUCCCUUACAUGGUGCCAGAAGUGCUGGGAUCUGAAAUAACUGUACACCCACAGUUCCUGAGCGCAAAACCGGCGGGUUACGUAGACCAAGCUCAGUUUAUACAAGCAUUUGAGGCCAAAAUGGACAAGAGGAAGAACCGAGGCAGGAGGUCUAGCUGCUCGAUGGAUACCAGUGGCAGCACAGAGAUUGAUACCAAAGAAAAUCCACUACAUAGUUCUAAAACGGAGAAUGGAUCCAAAGAUAAUGAAGAAAUGGAAGCUGAAGAAAAACCGGCUGCGGUCAUAGACAAUAAUCCAGAAGUUAUGGACGCGGAGGAAAAAUCAACUUUAGUCAAAGAUAAUAUAGACCCAGAAUCGAAACUUAUAACAGACGUAAAAGAAGAAUAAACGUAAUAACUUAAUUGAAUUUACUAAAAUACAAUUUACUACAUCUCUAUAUUUUCCAAAUAUACGGCAUGAUGAGUAAUUAGGUACCUUCACUUUGAUAUCUUCGAUGUGGCCUACGGUUCCUGUUUGCUGAGUGUACAACAUACAGACUAUGUUGGUUAACAGAAUUCAGAGUGUUUAGCAUCUAUAUUGUUAAUAUUAAUAUACCUACGAAUCAAUAGAUAUAUUAACCAAAACAAGAUUGUGCAAGAUACAUUACAGUCAUUACCCGUUUUCUUAAAUAAAAAUCAUAAACAAGA